UUCAAAUAAGGUCUGGCUUAUUAUUAACUGAUUCAGUUGCAUUUCUACUCAGCCCGUUCCAGCAUGAUCAAGUGGAAGAUCUUCGUCUUUGCAAUCCUGCAUCAUCAGUUUUCGACGGCCAUGAGGGCUUUCCAUGGCCCCUGUAACCCCAAUAUGACUGCAGUCGGGGAUCUGGACAUGGAGCGAUUCAAGGGAAAGUGGUACACCCACUCGAUGUAUCCUAAUCUCUCGCUGCGAGUGCCAAAGUGUCAGUCUACGGACUUCAUUGAGGAGGAAGAAGACAAGUUCAUUGUUGUAGCCCGGGAACUGAGCAACCAAACUGGCACUGUCAAGAUGAGAAAGGUGGAAAUACUGAACGUAGAGCCACAGCUUGGGAGGUACCUUUUGGCCACAAAAAAUACGGCAUUUCCUGAGGGCGUUCUGUUGUAUGUCCUGGAUACCGAUUAUGUGAACUUUGCAAUACGAUUUAUGUGCUUCGAUGCCAGCAAAAUAUUCAGUUUUCAUUGGGCUGUCAUCCAGACGCGAAAACGAUUGCCUACUGUUCAGGUGAUACAUAUGGCUCAGUACUAUGGACAACAGGCCGGUCUGGUGAUAAGUGACAUGAGCAAAGUUCCCCAGGAGGCGUGUCCUCACGAUACUUGAACGAUGUAAGCUUGUUUUGAAAUAAAAGCGUUACUUGCCAGUCUCAAUCAGCAUAA